CCAUAAGCAUACGACCUGAAGCAGGGUUUGCACAGUCAGGUCGGCUUGUGUUCACCGCUUGCUGUCACGAGUAACGGGGCGACAGCUAGAAACACAUCGUAUACCACGAUGAAGUAUCGUACCGUUUGCAAACGUGGCGGUGUAAAUCUGUCGCCGUGAUAUCGAUUUUUUUUUUUUUUAAUUUUACCCACCGGAAGACUGCUAGCUUCGCUGGCUAGCUAGCUAGGUAGCUAUUGCACAGCAUCGUUUGUUCCCCGCCACUGACCUCCACAACAAUACAGUGUUGGAAAGUCUUUUUUUUUUUUUUUUUUUUUUUUUAGCAAAGUGGGGCUUUUUGUCAUUGCCCCGCCUCGACACCCACGCUCCAGUUGUCUCCCUUGUGGUUGCCCGUGGACGGUUCCCGAAUAUGAGACAAAAUGAGUCAAAGAGACACCAUAGUUCAUCUUUUUGCAGGAGGAUGUGGGGGCACCGUUGGAGCCAUAUUGACUUGUCCACUGGAAGUCGUGAAGACACGUCUGCAGUCAUCAUCACUGAGUUUCUAUGUGUCCGAGGUUCAGCUGAGUACCGUUAAUGGGGCAAGUGUGGCCCGCAUGUCCCCACCAGGUCCCCUGCACUGCCUCAAACUAAUAUUAGAGAAAGAAGGACCCCGCUCACUUUUCAGAGGCUUGGGACCGAAUUUGGUGGGUGUGGCACCUUCCAGAGCAAUCUACUUCGCUGCUUACUCAACAGCCAAAGAGAAAUUGAACAGUGUGCUGGAACCUGACUCCACUCAGGUUCACAUGGUCUCAGCUGGAAUGGCAGGUUUUACAGCCAUUACUGCAACCAAUCCAAUAUGGCUUAUAAAGACCCGUCUACAGCUGGAUGCCAGAAAUCGAGGAGAGCGACGGAUGAAUGCGUUGGAGUGUGUGCGGCGAGUGUACCAGUCAGAUGGCCUACGGGGCUUCUACAGGGGGAUGUCAGCCUCCUAUGCGGGCAUCUCGGAGACUGUGAUCCACUUUGUGAUCUAUGAAAACAUCAAACGACGUCUUUUGGAGGCCAAGGCCCCCCAGAACAUGGACGAGCAAGAUGUGGUAUCCAAGGACGCAUCAGACUUUGUGGGGAUGAUGCUUGCUGCUGCCACUUCCAAGACCUGUGCCACAUCCAUGGCUUAUCCUCAUGAAGUGAUCCGCACAAGACUACGCGAGGAGGGCACCAAAUAUCGCUCCUUCUUCCAGACUUUAACAACUAUUCCCAAAGAGGAGGGUUUCCGCGCCCUUUACCGCGGCCUCACCACACACUUGGUACGCCAGAUUCCCAACACCGCCAUCAUGAUGUGCACCUACGAGCUUGUCGUCUACAUCCUGAAUGGCUAAAGUCUUCCCUUGUUUAGAAAGCACUUGUAAUCCAGCUCCUGUUUAGAGAUGGAGAAACAAAACAAAACACAAAAACCUGCUGGCAGCAUGUCGACAGUGAAGAUUUUAAAGUGGCAGGUUUACUUUUAUCACCAAAGGCACAGGAAAGGUUUAAUGACACUCCCAUUUGUUUGGGGUGCUGCAGAAAAAAAGAAGCCCUCCCUCCUGCAUUCAUUUGGUACUAUUUUGUUCGACUGUUAUAUAGUCUAUAAAUAGCCUAAUAAAGCUCAGUGUCAACGUCUUAUUUAAUUAGCAUAAAAGACUAAUUACAGUCACACUUCCAAUCUAGUGGUUAUUAGACAGUUGCCAUCGUCACUGACCUAUUAAAAAGUCAUGCGUUGCUGUGUAUCAUUCCGGGUGUAGUUGAAUUCAAAAUGAAGGAAAAACAACAAGCACCUUUCAAUUUUGACUCAAAUGUCAGAGGGUUGUGAAUGUGCCUUGGGCAGAAACAAGAUGUAACGUACGUUGCACAUCUUUUGUGGGGAGUAGAGGUGGUAGUCUGUGUUGGGUCUGACUUUGUGGAUCACCUGUCAGAACUCACCACAGUAAAAUGUGAAGAAAUGUAGUUGCACACAGGUUGUACACAUGGUUUCAGGCACUUAAGGAAACCUUGGUAACUACCUGCUUAUUUAUAUACAGUAGACUUUGUCAGGUUUGCAAGCACCUCCUUGGUUUUUGCUUUCCAUACAUUUAGAGGUCUUUCAUGCCCAUAUGAAACGACUGCCUUAGAGGUACGGUAGCUUUUAUGCUUGAACAAGACUGAUAACAUCCCUCGGUAUCCUUUUAACGGUCAUACUGUGUAGCCAAACUAAACCACAAUAUUACACUGCUAACUACUUCAAACUACUGGAAUGUAAAUACACUGGUUGAAGUAAAACACAGGCCCAUUUUGUUUAUAGAUAAGUAUAAAUUCACACAUUUUAACAAAUUAAUAUAUUUACUUAAAUAACGUGAUUGUGUUGCAUUUGUUUGACUCGAUAAUGGCAAGCAUUCUGUGUAGCUCCGUGGGAGAGAACCUUUGCCUUUUAGUUGUGAAAGUAUAUUUUCCUAACCUGUUCUCAUAGUAUCUCACCAGUCUUCUUGAUAACAAUUCAGUCUUAUUCAGUUGCGAGGACAAUCCUCUCAUCCCUGGAGUCUUGCGGUUGAUAAAAUGGAAAGGAAUAUGUCAUAAACGCACAAUGGUAUGGUAUGGUUUAUUUGUUUAAGACAUGCUUUACAAGUUACAUGAACGAUGUUCCUAUCCAAGAAUAUAGCAUAUACAUGUUAUCUUGACCAGAUAGUCCGUUUUUUUAAAGUGCUAUGUUUUACCAUUUUAAAAGAAUAUAACAAAGCUUAUAUUUUUCUUUGCAUAGUUUUAUACAUUUCAGUUACAAUGAAGGUUUUUGCUGUUCGUAUAUGAUUUUUAACAAAAAAAAAAAAACCAGUGUGUCACCUUGUCACAAGGAUUGAUCCAUGAUCACAAGACACAUGUUUAACUAAUUUGUGCAAUGUUGUCAUGUGCUACUAUCACCUUUUUUUCUGUGUGGUCUGCUGUUCACUUAGUUUGGCUUACACUGACCACAAAAAGAGACAAUUCAAACGGCCGAGCUUGAGUGGAGUAGCGUUUUUUUAGGCUUACAUGUUCGAUUCCAAAACAAAGCCAGAUAUUGUGAAGAGCUCAUUAAAUUGCACAAUUCCAUCAACAUGCUGUUGAUGUGACACAAGUCACUUGGGUUUGCUCUAGUCUCGUACAGCUCGGCUGUGUUAAUUGCACGCAAACUUCAAAAAGUCAGAUCAUGCAAAAACAAAUAGAACAUCGCAGACUAAGUAAGGAGGAGAAUGUCAUUUUAUUUUCCGUGAAAUUUACCUUAACUACAAAUGUAAUUGUGUUUUCUCACUUAUAUUGUACAGUAAGUCAGAAGUUCAUCUUGUACAUCCUCUUCAUGCAGUGAUUAUUUUGCAUCUACAUUUAAACUGCGUGAUUGUGAACGUAUGUUUUGUGCGUGCUCGCUUAAAUGAAAACCGCGUAUCAUUCAGUCAUGUCUUGAGUGUGAGAUGAUAGGAUUUAUAUAUGCACUUGAUUGAGGAACUACAAGAGAAAGUGUUUUUAUCAUUUUAAAUAAAUUGUUGCCUUUUUUCCUGCUGACCCCUUUUUUAUGUUGUCGUCGAUGAGCCUGCUUAAAGUGUGGCUCUGUCUAUGCAUUCUGUCAUGCCUGUUUUUGUCAAACAAGUCAAUAAACUGGAAAGAGUGCAAGUACGUCCA